GUGGUAUUGGCCAAAGAGCUCAGAUUAUUAUUUAUCCCAACGAGAUAACAGCUCGCCAAAAGAGUUUUAGCUGGAAAAGCUUUGACGGCCAUUAGCUUCUGGUAAGAAGUAUGAAGACUUCAGCUAAGCUACUGCUACUCAGCCUGCUAUAUGUUGCUACGGCAUCUACCGAUGAUGCUGCAUAUCCACUCGGAUAUGGUGAUGAAUCGCCGGGUCUUUGUCUCGGAUCCAGCAAUCCACUGAGGAAGGAAGUGUCUGAAGGUGGAGAGAUAAUCGAUAUCACUCAUCGCUUCACUCCAAACACGCCCUCCGGAAACUCCGAUGACGGCAUCGGACAGUAUCUCAGCUUGCUGAUGAGCAUGAAGAACGGUUCUGAUUACAACCUGUCGGAGUUGAGGUUGUGUGUUCAUGCCGGUACUCAUGUUGAUGCUCCUGGGCAUAUGUAUGAUAAUUACUUCGAUCAAGGGUUCGAUGUUGACACUCUUGACCUUAGAGUCCUCAAUGGCCCUGCAUUGGUGGUGGAUGUUCCCAGGGACAAGAACAUAACUGCUGAAGUGAUGAGGGGGCUAAAUAUACCCAAGGGGGUGAAGAGAGUGCUAUUUAGAACACUGAACACAGACAGGCAUCUGAUGUUGAAGAAGGGGUUUGACACCAGCUAUGUGGGAUUUAUGAAGGAUGGUGCUCAGUGGCUUGUGGACAACACUGAUAUUAAACUUGUUGGAAUAGAUUACUUAUCUGUUGCUGCAUUUGAUGAAAUCAUCACUGCGCAUCUAGUAUUUCUUAAGAGCAGGGAAAUUGUACUAGUGGAAGGUCUGAAUUUGGAAGGAGUUAAGGUUGGGAUAUAUACGGUUCAUUGCUUACCCUUGAGGUUGGUGGGUGCUGAAGGAUCUCCCAUCAGAUGCAUCCUCAUCAACUAAAUAUAUAUGGUUCAUUGGCCUUAUACAUGUCUUUAACUCUAUAUAUUACUACAUAGCAAAUAACAAUGUGUUUCUGGUUAGAGGAUUUGUAUUGAAGUCUUACUAUAGUGAUUACGGGCGAAUGGGGCCAUGUCCUUAUACUUGAGCGAUGCCACUCAUUCAAUGGCCAGCAGCCUCUACUUCUCGGGUCGGCCCUAAUAAAAGGAAGUGUUUGAAAUAUGAUGAAACUUGUUGUUAAGUAAUGCUUCUCUAACCAUUUUUCCUGAAAUGGCCAUUCGUGUACCCGAAUAAAUGUCAUACUAUAUCCUUGUGAACAUACUACGUAUAUAAUUGCAACAUGGCUUAUAUUACGGAGUAUUUCGAAGUUUCUUCUGUCCCA